UGGACCACGAGCCCAAAACGCAAGCGUUGAAGCAUUACAAAAGUGGUUUCUCUCACGAUCAUCCAUAAUUCAGAAUUCUCUACAAUUCUUUCACUUACAUGCGAUCUUUGAUUUCAUUUCGCUCUUCUUCGCAACUUACCUCUCUCUCUGCAUUCGAAACAGUUUUGGGACAAUGGCUAGGGUUUAUAUUGGUAAUUUGGAUCCUCGAGUCACUGAGAGGGAACUAGAAGAUGAAUUUCGUUUGUACGGUGUUCUCCGCAGUGUUUGGGUUGCUCGUAGACCACCAGGAUAUGCAUUUAUCGAGUUUGAUGAUCGGAGGGAUGCCCUUGAUGCAAUUCAUGCCUUGGAUGGAAAAAAUGGCUGGCGUGUAGAGCUUUCUCAUAAUUCUAAGGAUGGAGGCGGGCGUGGUGGUGGACGUGGCGGGCGUGGAAGUUCAGACUUGAAAUGCUAUGAAUGUGGUGAACCAGGACACUUUGCUCGGGAGUGCCGUGAACCGCGUGGUUCACGUGGCCUUGGGAGUGGAAGGAGACGAAGUCCUAGUCCUUAUUAUCGUCAUCGUAGAAGUCCAAGUUAUGGUUCUGGCCGCAGGAGUUAUAGCCCACGUGGGAGAAGAUCUCCAAGACGACUUAGCAUAACACCUCCUCGUGGUCGUAGCUACAGCAGAUCCCCUCCAUAUCGUUAUUCUCGACGUGAUUCACCUUAUGCCAAUGGAGAUUAAGAUCAGAAUGUGAAUGGAGCAAUUGAUGAAUAAUUGUUGUGGAGCCUUCUAUGCUAUAGUGUAGUUUCCCUAGGAUUGGGUGAGCAUUAUACAACAUACAUGUUAAUUAUGUUAUGUCAUGACAAUGGGUAUUGCUAGGAACUUGGAUUUUGUUAACACUUGCAAAGUGUUGUAGCCGCAAAAAGGGUGCCUUGGACAUUGUUUUGCGUCGGUUGUCUCUCGUCAGCAUACUAAAACCCGGAGGUUGCUCCUGUCUUCCCUACUUCAUAUAUCAAGUUAUGUUGAUUCCCUACUUUAUAUAUAUCAAGUUAUGUCGACUGUUUGUUUUUUAGUCUUGCUAAUCCACUAUGGCUUUUGAUAUACUGUGAGUUUCCUAAAAUGUUUAGGUUUCUCUGUUUUGAGGUGUGGUUAUCGGCCAAAACAGCAUCGUUUCACCACUUAGUAGGUCUUGUUUGCUUCUGUGCUGCAUGCCUCCACAAUUGGCUCAUCUAGUUACUUCUGCAUAUAAGUUGACUAAAACUGCAAUAUCAGGAAGUUGAAUGACCUUUAUUGUUGACUCUUAAGGAAUGCUACAGUUGGAUCCUCCUUUUGAAUUGGAGAAGUUUAAAGAAGGAUAGAUAAAAUGUAGAUAUUGACUUGCUUCAUCAUCGUGAAAUCAAAUCAAACUGGGGUUUGCUUAGUGAUUAGCUGCAUGUAGUGUCUGCUUCUCACCAUUCUGUGUGGUUAAAUAGAUGGCUGCAGGUUCUAAAUGUCUGAAUGUUGAUUAGAAUGUUACUCCUUGUUUCGUCUGUAGUCUCCAUGGUACUAUUGGGAUUUGCAAUGAUCGCCAUUUUGGUUGUGUGGGAUCAGAAAUGUUGAUUCUAUUUAACUAAACUUGCAUACACCAAAUGUUUUGCAUCACCGCUCAUCCUCCUUUUGAAUUGGAGAAGUUUAAAGUUGGAUAGAUAAAUGUAGAUUCUGACUUAUUGCAUCUUCUUGAAAUUUGUUAAUUGGGAUUUGCUGAAUGUAGUUUAUGGUGCUCAACAUUAUGCAUGGUUAAAUAUAUGGGUGCGGCUUCCAAAUGUUUGCAUGUCAAUUAGAAUGUUUCUCCCUUGUUUCGUCCUAAGUCUUUCGAAGGUACACACUUGUAGGACUGCAAUAAUCGGCAUCUUAGUUGUGUGGGAUCAGAAAGGUUGAUUUUAUUUAACUAAAGAUUUAUGCACCGAUUGUCUUUGCAUCACCGUUCCGGCCAUAACUAGUGCCAGCUUCCUUAUGUUGCCUUCACAUGCUUCUACGUAGAGUUUUGUGUCUCUGUCACCUUCAACCACUGGGAUCAAUGUCUCUAGUUGUUUUCCAUCUGCAGUUCUGCUUAGCCUAAUAUUGUUUGUUAUUACGUUGGAUGGUUGAAAUUUGAGGAAUUCCAAUGUCUCCACAUUUAAUUUUAGCUUCAAGUUACGGGUUUGAAUUAGCUUAUUUGAGGAAUUGCCAAUUUGGCGCAUGCUUUAUUUUCAGCUUUGAGAAAAAGUUUGUGAAAAAUUCAUUUUUAUCAAAACAGAUCACAGUGCCAAGACAUUUUUAUGUACCAAAUGGAACCGAUUUUUUAUGAAUUCACUAGCAGUUAAGGAGUCGGUGGAUUUUUAUUUGUUUUUGUAUUUCAUUCUUUAGGAGCCUUGUAAUCAGGUGCUUCAACUAUGCAAUUCAUCAUAGUUUCGUCUGUGUGCUCUAUUGAAUCUGCCAAAGUUAGUAUUGUGUGACAUUGAGUUCAUGAAGUGUAGAUAUUAUGGUAUGUGAUUAUUUUGUUGUUU